GCCCAGCUCAUGCAGAGACUACUGUGGUCGUCGGUGCGGAUGGAUUUCAGCGAUGCGACCUCGCAGAAGGUGCUCGGCGAGGUGGCGUCGGUGCUCCGGCACCUGACGAGCCCGAAACUGCUGGCGCCGGGGCUGAGGCAGCAGGCCACCGAGUGCCUGCAGCAG